AUGGAAAAUAGUAGUUCAGGUGUGGUGCAAGUAUUCGUGGGCGAGUGGAGCCCAGAAUAUGAAGCACUGUCAAUAAAAGCGACUAAACAAACAACAUCUGCUGAAAUAGUAGAAUGUAUUAUUGAGAGAUUAGCUUUGAAUGACCCGAAUUUAUCAAAUGGCUAUGAAUUAGCUGAAGUUGUGGGUAAUUCUGUCGGUCAGGAAUGCAAGGAACGAAGACUAGGGCCAUCCGAGUGCCCUGUCGCGCUUAUGUUGCUCUGGCCAAAAACUGUUACACAGCAAGGAUAUUAUCGAUUUUAUUUAAGAAAAAAACAAUCAGAUUGUCUAUGGGCUGACAGUAGAUUUCCACUGGAUCCUCAGUUACUAAAAGAUUAUUUUAACCGAUUUUUAUAUCAACCACGUGAUAAAGAGUAUCCAGAUUUGUGCCAAUUACCAGAUCUUAAUGAACAAACAUUACUUGACAAUCUGCGUGCUAGAUUUUUAGCUGGAAAUAUUUAUACAUAUGUUGGCAGUAUAUUAAUAGCCGUAAAUCCAUUUAAAUUUUAUCCAAUAUACAAUCCAAAGUACGUUAAACUCUAUCAAAAUCGUCGACUUGGACCGGACAUACCACCCCAUAUAUUUGCUAUUGCCGAUGCCGCUUAUCAUUCAAUGCUAAAAGAAAAGAAGAACCAGUGUAUUGUAAUAAGCGGUGAAAGCGGUUCUGGUAAAACAGAAUCGACUAAUUUUUUAUUACACCAUUUAACUGCAUUGAGCCAAAAAGGUUCUCAUGGUAGCGGCGUUGAACAGACAAUUCUGAGCGCUGGUCCAGUUCUUGAGGCUUUUGGUAAUGCCAAAACUGCUCACAAUAAUAACAGCAGUCGAUUUGGUAAAUUUAUUCAAGUUAAUUACAAGGAAAAUGGUAUGGUACAUGGUGCUGUUGUACAGAAAUAUCUAUUGGAAAAGUCACGUAUCGUAUCCCAGGGUAAAAAUGAAAGAAAUUAUCAUGUAUUUUAUUAUUUAUUAGCUGGUGCUAAUGAACAAGAACGCCAGUUGUUACAUUUAGAGAGUGCUGAUCGUUAUAAUUAUUUAAAUAAAAGUGGUUGUUAUGGAUUAGAGAAUAUCGAUGAACGACAUGAAUUUUCUCGGCUUAAACAGUCGAUGGAGAUGGUUGGUUUCACACCUGAGAAACAACGCAGACUGUUUGCUGUGCUAUCCGCUGUUUUAUUGCUGGGUAAUGUUGAGUUUCAACCAAGAAAGUCUUAUCAUCAUCACGACGAAGCUGUGGGUGUUAAAAAUCCCGAAGUAGUUGCAAUUAUUUCGGAAUUACUGAGGGUUAAACAGGAAACACUGCUAGCAGCGUUAACGGCUAAACGUGCGCGAGCUUCUGGUGAAACUUUAGUCAUCAAUUAUCGUUUGCCAGAAGCUAUUGCUGCCAGAGAUGCUAUGGCUAAAUGUUUAUAUGGUGCACUAUUUGAUUGGAUUGUUCUUCAGGUAAAUCACGCGUUGUUGUCAAAAAAGGAUACUCUACGUGAUCAUCAAGGCCACAGUAUUGGAGUAUUGGAUAUAUUUGGAUUUGAGGAUUUUAAAACGUGCAAUAGUUUUGAGCAAUUGUGUAUUAAUUACGCGAAUGAACAACUCCAGCAUUACUUCAAUCAGCACGUAUUUCAAUACGAGCAACGUGAAUACCGUAGACAAGGAAUUAGAUGGACAGAUAUUGGUUUUAGUGAUAAUUCGGGUUGUCUAAAUUUAAUAGAAGGCAAACCAAAUGGAUUGUUGUGUUUACUUGAUGAUCAAUGUAAUUUUCCGGGUGCUACUAAUGAAACAUUAUUGCAAAAAUUCAAUUCUGUACACAAGGAUAAUCAAUUUUAUGAAACACCACAGCGACGUGAGGCUGCUUUUGUUGUUAGACAUUAUGCAGGCGCGGUUAAGUAUCAAGCAGCGCAAAUGAGAGAGAAAAAUCUAGAUCUUAUGCGACCUGACGGAGUCGUUGGUGUAUUAAAAAAUUCAUCACUGGCGUUUGUACGUGAGCUAGUGGGUGCUGAUCCGGUAGCCGUAUUUAGAUGGGCUAUACUACGGGCAUUCUUUCGAGCACAUUUUGCUUUUCAAGAAGCCGGUCGUGCUCAUCGUCACGGCAGAGCUGAUGGAAAUAAAAAUUCAGUUCAAAGCAGAUAUCGCCAACCCAAUGAUAAUUUAAUCAGUUCGCACAAACAUAAUCGCCCGGCAAGUUAUCAGAAGCAGCGCAGUGUCUGCUUGUCAUCACCAUCAACUCAUCCUACACAAAACGAAAACAACGACAAUGUUAACAACAACCACAACAACAACAACAAUAAUAAUAAUAAUAGUAAUAACAACAACAAUAACAACAACAACAACAACAACAACAACAACAAUAAUAAUAAUAGGUUGUCUUGGCCACAAUUUAGAAAUAUUAGUCAAACUCACCAACACCCAACGAAUAUUACGCCAACCAAGACAACCACAACAACAACAGCAACAGCUACUUAUGUAUUACGUAUCAGAGAUGAGCAUCAACCUAUUAGUAACAAUAAAUACAGACGGGAUACCACUACUACUCAUACACCACUUGAGAGGGUGCUUCCUAAAGACGAAGCUAAUGUCAUGGAACGUGCUAAUCAAAUAGUCAUGAAGAAUAAAUCAUUUCGACCACGCGAGCGAGGCAAGAAGGGUUUGAAAAAUUUACAAACAGUAAAGACACUGGCAGGAAGAACUCAAAGUUAUGGAUCAGGACCCGGUAAAGCACGGAAGCAGCCGAUGACAGUCUCAGCGCAAUUUCAACAGAGUCUUCACAGUCUAAUGGAUACUUUAAAUCAAGCAAAUCCAUUUUUUAUUAGGUGUAUUAAAUCAAAUUCAAAUAAAAUACCAAAUGAAUUUGACGAAGAAACUGUACAACGUCAAUUACGUUACACCGGAAUGCUCGAAACGGUGAGAAUACGUCAAGCUGGGUUCAAUGUGCGUCUUACUUAUGAAGAAUUUAUCCAGUUGUAUCGUAUGUUACUACCAAAUGGUUUAAUAAGCUCACAAAAUGACGUACGUGAUUUUCUCCUCACUUUAAAUCUCAACAAAGACAAUUAUCAACUUGGUAAAACAAAAGUGUUCCUACGUGAGUCUGAAAAAAUAAAACUAGACAUUGAAUUACAUCAACAGAUAAUAACAAGCAUAACGACAAUACAAAAAUGGUUUCGUGCUUGUUUGGAGCGACGAAAAUUCCUGAGAAUAAAAAAUGCCGUUGUAUUGAUACAGUCAUUCUGGCGAAUGGUAUUGGCCCAAAAAAUAGCCCAUACAAUACGUGCUCGAAUUGAUGCUGCGAUACAUAUACAGAGCACUUGGCGUGCUUACAGACAGUACACAUGGUACAAAAAAUUAAAAUCAUGCGUUAUAACAUUCCAGUCACAUGUAAGAGGACGUAGUUUACGUAAAGGGCUCGUUGAAAUAAGAAAACGAAAACAGGCUGCUACAAUGACGUCUUCCUCCUCGUUAUCCUCGUGUUUGUCCUCCUCGUCGUCGCUACUGAAUAAAUCAGAGAUUGAUUUUAGUGAAAAUAGUAGUAGCAUGUGUGACAAAAGUCCGUUUAAAAAUAUCGGACUGCAAUCUAAAUUAACAUUGGAGCCAUGCCCGUCGCCACGUCGCGAAUAUAUAACGUCUUCUAAGUUGGAUAUCACUCCGCCUGGGACUGCAAGUGUUAUCGAUAACACAGAUAUAACAUACUCAAAACGUAAAUUAACGCCAAAUAAACGUCUUUUCACUUCUGUUAACUCACGGGAUCCUAAAAGCCCAGAAGCAUUGUUCAGUCCCGAUGACAAUAGUCUACGUAAAGGUAGUCUUGAGAGUUUAGCCAGUUUCAAGAGUUACGAAUCUCAGCUCAGUAUUGAUAGCAGUGAGUCUCACUAUUCUCAAGAGAGUAAUUCAACUAAACCUGUACCCAGUGCAAGAACAAAGCGUACUGAUCACUCAUCGUUGAUAACUGCUCAUGCUAGUAUUAUAAAUACUACUACUAUUUCUAAUACUAUUACUGCAAUUACUACGACUAUUACUGCUACUACUACAAGUACUACUACUACUACUACUACUACUACUACUACUACUACUACUUCUACUGCUAGCCGUACGUCGUUGAUAAGUAGACGUACUGACAGCUCGUCAACGGGAUACAGUGACGGUGACACUGACGGUGAAGCGCCGAGUGUUGUACAAAGCGCCCCGCCUAUUUUUAAUACCGCGAUAUCGUCAUUCCACAGUCCGCGUGAUAAAUAUCAUCAUCCCGCCUUAUCCCAGCAGCAACAGCAGCAGCAGCAGCAGCAGCAGCAGCAGCAGAGUCCCGUAUCAGAUAUUUGGAGACGUAGAGCCGAAUAUUCAAUAUCCAGUUAUGUCGACGCAACUCCACAAAAGGCUACUUUUAUAACGAGAUCACCAAAUGUCACGCAGUACAGAAAUUUUACAGAUAAUUUAUUGGAGCAAGCAAGAAAUGACCACCGGGUGAAUGAAGUCUCUAAUUUAAAUAUUAAACUAGAUAAUAGUGAUAAUAAAUUUAUUAGCAGUAGUAGUAAUACUAAUAGUAAUAGUACUAGUAAAAAUGAUGGUUUUUCAUUGCUCGAAAGAAGGUUCAAUGAAACUCCAGAUAAAUUUGGGGAUAUAACUAAAUUUCGGCGCGACAUUAAAGAGUACAGCUUUUUAAAACGACAGAACUCUGAAGGUGACACUACUUUAAAGAUGAUGGAUUUAAUUCCGCCAUUGCAUGACGAUAGACCUGUUAUUGAAAAGACUGAACCAGAUGUACCGGUACGUAGUGCUCGUAGAAAUCGACCCAGCCGAGAGAUGCUCUGUCGCUCGAUGGGGGAAAGUGUUAAUGAUACUGUAUCAGUUUCUGAUGCUAGGAGUGUUUUCUUGGGGACUAUUAAAGAAGAUCUUAAUAAAGGUAAUUGGUCAAAUACGUCAACGCCGUCGUUAUCCCUAUCAAUGACUCCCUCGGCGACGGUAAUUACACCCACCGCAAUGGCUAUAAAAAAAGAGGACCCGUCAUCGAGAUCAGUCACAGACUGGCCGGUCAAUAAGGAAGCGGCUUACAAGGGACAACAAUUGGGUAAACGUAUGCGUUCAAAUGCCAUAACGACACUUGAAUUACGACGCAGAAAUUCCGAUCCAGCUACUAAGAUAUCGGGAUUAGAUGAAAAAGCUAAUGUAGUAGGUGAUUGUGGGGAUUUCAAAUUGGCUCCUGGUAUGAAUAGACUCGAAUGGAAAGGCAAUAACUUAUUUACACUCGCUGGUCAUAGAUUUAGAAAAGUUGCCAGAUUUUCAAAAGAAGACGUCUGCGUUUGUUGUCACGAAAAAAUGGAUGCUUUUGUUACUCAAGGAUACAAGUGUAAUGACUGUAAACAGCUUUAUCAUGUUAAAUGUAUACAGAAUGGGGGUGUAUUAAAAAUGCCCUGUCCGUUGGCAAAUAGUACCACGGCAAAUCGUCGUAAAAAUCGCAAGCCUAUUAUGAGAACACCCUACGAUACUUCGGCGAAUAAACAAACAGUUGCAUCGAAAUUUAGUUUGACUGGAACAUCUGCCUUUACAGACAGUGCUGAUAAAAUUAUUUCUGACGCUAAAGAGCUGGCUUUGAUGCAGGACUUUAUUACUAAAAAAAUUUAUAUAAUGGAAGGACAGGAGGAGGGUAAAAAACCCAGCGAAGUUGACAGGGUUUUCAAACAAGCUUUGAGGAAAUUUAAAGAUGAUUUAGUUAUUACCUACAGUGUCGCUAUUCAGCAGGGAGUUGAGGGUAAUAUUAAGUAUACAGACUUGAUAGCUAACUUUUUACACGUUAUGGAGACUGUUUGUAAACAAGAGAAUACUCGGGAAGACUUUCCGGUUACUAUGGGUGUCAAUGCGUUCCGUGGUUUUAUGAAUGAGUUUAUGACACAAGUUAAGCCGGAGGCUAUUGAUAAGCAGAGCAAGAGCAAGAGAAAGAAAGAGAAGAAACGCAAACAAGAAGAACCUAUUAAACAUGGUAGUCAUAUGUUCCAAUUGACUAUUAUUAAUAUCCCAACUGCUUGCGAAGUUUGUACCUCAUUUUUCAUGUGGCCUAUUGAACGUGGACUCGUUUGUCAAAAUUGUAAAUUAACGUGUCACAAAAAAUGUUACAUGAAAGCUGCUGCUGAGUGCGGUAAAGACGGUUCAAUUCAUGAUAAUAAUUCACGAAAAGUAUUUGGCGUGCCGUUGUACAAAUUAGACUGCGGAGAUGGCAAAGUACCGCUUGUUGUUGAUCGUUUAAUAACAACAAUCGAAAUUCACGGGCUGUACACCGAGGGUCUGUAUCGUAAAAGCGGUGUUAGUUCUAAAGUUCGUGAACUUAAGGUUAAAAUGGACGAGGAAGAUUUGCAGAACAUUGAUUUUGAGAAUUACCAAGUCCACGUGUUAGCAGCAGUGCUCAAAAGUUUCUUUCGCGAUAUGCCGGAGCCAUUGUUGACAUUCGAGUACUACGACGACUUUUUACACGCGGCGAAUCUCACGGAUCCUCAAGACCGCGUCAAUACUCUGUUUGCAAUACUUAAAAAAUUACCGAAACCCAAUUACGACUUGAUGGAGCGCCUGACGGUUCAUUUGGCGCGUGUCGCGCUCAACGAAGUCGCGAAUCGUAUGUCUUCGUCCGCCCUGGCAAUUGUGUUUGCCCCCUGUAUACUAAGGACGAAUCGCACGCUUCCGGCACAAGACUCACUGCAAGACGUUGGCAGACAGACUAAAUGUGUCGAGACUAUUGUGCAAGACAAAUUGCGGAGCGUACGAACAGCCCUUGCUGACAUAAGUACCCUAGAAUCGGCGUGUCAUGCAGCUACUAAUCGUCUGUCCAGUCUCAGAUCUUCAAAGAUAUUCAGCCCCGAAGAAUUGAGUGUGUCCUCGACGAUAGCUGGCGGACGGUCCAGCAACUCGGACCGUGACGGUGAUCGCAGUGGUGGUGACGAAGAAGAGGCCCUCCUCGUUGGACAUAUUCAGACUAUUCAGAAGGAAAAGGAACUACUCACUUCAACAUUACCUAGCUUAACUCGUGCUUCCUCAGAUGAUGACCUAUUACUGUCAGCGACAGAUCUUGACGACGGGUCUCUAGAUGAUUUACUUCCAUCAGCUGAUGCCUUGGUAAGAAAAAAAAAUAUCCACAGGCAAAGCUCAGCAGAUAAUGCAUUUCCUACUAUCAUAAAUGUCGAUGAAGAUAUGGUGAUGGUAUGA